AUGUCGUUUCAGGUAACUUAUAAGUUGAAGACGCUCAAGGUAACGUGCCCAGCGAACUCGUCCAUCAGUCAGUUAACGGAAUUGGCAAAGAAAAAAUUCAAACUCGAUGGCGAUACUGUUGUAGACUUGCUUUACAAAGACAAAGUACUCGACUCGCUGUUGCCACUAAGGUUUGCAAACAUAUCAAACAAUGCGAAACUUGUCUUGAAGGUGAGUGAGAGUGAAUCCAAGGAAAUCUCAAUAAAAUUGACGCUUCCCACAGGAGGUUCUCACAUAACGAAAAUUAACAACCACAAGACAAUUGCAGACCUUUUGAAUAUGGUGGAGAAUGAACGUGGGACAAGUAUUUUGGACCAAGAGAAGUUCGGCUCGGCACAAUUGCAGGUGUUGAACUCCAAAUUGAAUGAAACAGACUUCCCGCUGUCCAGAAUUGUAUCAAUUGUUGGAAAUGGAGCCAAUAGUGUGGUGUGUAGAUUGAGUUAUGCUAAUGAGUCUGAUAAGGACAGGAGGAUUGAGGAGCAAAACAGAAUAGUGAAAUUGCAGGUGGAAGAGCAAAGAGUGCGGAAUCAAAUGAAAAAGGAGGAAGAAAAGAUGAAUGAAGACCUAUUGGCCAGGAAAAGGGCGGAGGAACGGGAACAGGGAAGUACAAAUGAUGCGACAGGCGAAGAGAUGGAGGUGGAUGAUGGAACAGAAGGCGUGAGGGAAGUACCAAAGGAGGAAACUAAAACAGAAAAAAGUAAUGCAGAAGAAACUAGAGCAGAAGAAACUAGAGCAGAAGAAAUAGAAGAAGAAGACGAUGAACUUGAAUCUGCUGUAGAGCACUCGGUUCAAGUAAACACCCCUCAGAUAUUCCUCCCUUCAGACUCGGCCUCAGGAAUUUAUGACCACAGUGAGGAGACCUACGAAAUGACGGUUGCACAAGCUCAAACGUACCAUAAGAUACUCACAGAUUCAAUGAGACCCCAGAAACCUAAGCAGCGCAUUCACAGAAUCCCAGAAACCUACUUUGUUAGAAUCAAGUUCCCUGACCUUUCUACGUUACAAUUGACCUUUUCAGAUGGUCCAACGGUUAAAUUUGGCUCUUUAUUGAAGAAGCUCGAUGAAAUGCUCUUACCAGAGUUUAGAAAUAGGUACAACCUCAAGUUUGGAUACCCUCCAUUCACAUUGAUUCCAUUUUCCUUCAAAACCAAUGAUCAGUUCUUACAUGAAUUCAAAGUAUCGAAAAACUCUAACGAUGCUUUCGCCGAGAGAAUGUUGUUAAUAUGGGAAUUGACCGAUCUGCAUUCCGUUGGAGGUGACCACAAAGGGCCGUAUAUUAACAAACAGGGAAACGACGUUAUUGUGACCACAAACAAUGAGAGACCAGAGAUUCAAUUGGAGAGCCACAGGGGAGAUUUACCGGAUGAUAAAGAAGAGAAAAAGCAUAAGAAAGAUGAAGGGAAGAAGUUGCCAAAAUGGUUAAAGUUAAAUAAAUAA